GGGAGGGCCACUCUGUGCAACUAAUAAGGACUGAGAUGUAGCAACCGAUCCCAGUGUGACUUUUAUUUCCAAGUCCCGGAAUCCGGAUUCGGACUGAUCGUAUAUAACCACACAAUGGAUUAUGCGUUUUUCGCUGUUGCGCGUGUGUUUUAGCUUUAGAGGAAACUUUCUCAACAGCGGUUUUCAGGUGAUCUGUGUACAAGGGUGACAACCAUGGAUUUGUGGCGAAGACUGAUUGUUGUUCUUUGGACAGUCAGUUCCAUUCCUCACUCCUUUGGAAUGGCAGUGAGUGAACAAACAGAUGACUCGUGUCCGACUCUGAAAGUAGAAGAUCAACGGUUUUCAGAUUUUUUGGACCGCCCACUGGAAAUAACUGGAUUUGAUCUCACAGAAAAGUUUCUUCACCGAAAGGGGACAAUCACGGAAAAUCUCCCAUCAUUUCGUUUGGGAAGCAGUCCACUUAAUAAACCAACAAAAUUAAUAUUUCCAAAUGGAUUUUCAAAUGAAUACUCUCUGGUAACUGUAUUCAGAGUAAGAAGAACUACAAAAAAAGGCCGCUGGUAUCUUUGGCAGAUAUUAGACCAAUCAGGUGACACUCAGGUGUCAGUUGUGGUUGAUGGUGGCAAAAAAGUGGUGGAGUUUUCAUGCCGGAGUCUACUAAAGAGUGUUCUCCGCUACACUUUUAAGCGCCGUGACCUUCACACUCUCUUUGAUCGUCAGUGGCACAAGCUGGGCAUUUCUGUGCAGAGCAACAUAGUCUCUGUUUACAUGGACUGUCGGCUUAUAGAAAGACGGCUGACUGAUGACAAGGACAGCCUUAACUAUGGUGGACAGACACUCAUCGCUACACGGAUGGAGGACGGCCGGCCUGUAGAUGUUGAACUGAAGCAAAUUAUAAUCUACUGUGACCCUUAUAUGGUGGAGAUGGAAAAUUGCUGUGAACUUCAAGAACCAAAGUGUGAAACCAAGAAGAUGUUUAAUGAGACUUCCCCUCCCCUGGAUCCAACUCAGCUCCCCGUGAUGUUGCCUCAACCUUCCUCCAAGCCAAUUGACAGAUGUCACUGUCCAGUUGAAAAGGGGGAACUUGGAUCAGAAGGGAAAGAGGGACUCAUCGGUGAGAAGGUAAGUACUCCCAUCUCCAGCAGACAUGUAUUCUGUACAUAGCACCUCAGCCACAUCUAGUUUUGUCAGGGAAUCA